UCAGCUUGGGAGAGUAUGUGUUUUGCUUUUGGAAGGAAAGGACUCUUAACAGUAAAAACUAGAUUUAUCUGUAGGAGUGCCCGCAGCUUUAGGCACUGACAGCACAGAGCUUGCAUGUUGAGCCAGAGGAGUGGAGCAGUGCUCAGCCAUUAGCAUAAGGGAUUGCUUCCUAUUUUGUUUUCACUUUGUUCUGUAGUUUAGCAUUGCUCACUUCUGGGAAUUUGUCUUUCAGGUUCUUCUUGCACGGCAUAAGGCAGAAGAGCAGUUUUAUGCAGUUAAAGUCCUACAGAAAAAAGCAAUCCUGAAGAAGAAGGAGGAAAAGCACAUCAUGUCAGAGCGCAAUGUCCUGCUGAAAAACGUCAAACACCCCUUCCUGGUUGGACUUCACUUCUCCUUCCAAACUGCGGACAAACUGUAUUUUGUCCUGGACUACAUCAAUGGCGGAGAGUUGUUCUACCAUCUCCAGAGGGAGCGUUGCUUCCUGGAACCAAGGGCCCGAUUUUAUGCUGCUGAAAUUGCCAGUGCGCUGGGCUACCUGCACUCCCUGAACAUUGUCUAUCGUGACUUGAAGCCAGAGAAUAUUCUGCUUGAUUCCCAGGGGCACAUUGUCUUGACUGACUUUGGACUGUGCAAGGAAAACAUAGAGCACAAUGGCACAACUUCCACCUUCUGCGGCACACCCGAGUAUCUUGCUCCUGAAGUUCUUCACAAGCAGCCCUAUGACAGGACUGUGGACUGGUGGUGCCUUGGGGCAGUCUUGUAUGAGAUGCUUUAUGGCCUGCCGCCUUUCUACAGCAGGAACACAGCAGAAAUGUAUGAUAACAUCUUGAACAAACCUUUGCAGCUGAAGCCAAAUAUUACCAACUCUGCUAGACAUCUCCUGGAAGGCCUUCUGCAGAAGGACAGAACAAAGAGGCUUGGCGCCAAGGAGGACUUUACAGAGAUUAAGAAUCACAUCUUCUUCUCCCCAAUUAACUGGGAUGAUCUCAUUAAUAAGAAGAUUACUCCCCCUUUUAACCCAAAUGUGGUACGUAUCACUUCUUACACAUUCUAUAAUUAGGAAGUGUCUUCCCACAUCUUCGUGGGGUGCCCAGAAGCUAGAGGAAACUGGCCACGUGUAGAUGUGUUUGUGCAACACAGCUUUCCAUGUGGCUGUCCAGACGAGAUUAAAAAGAAGCAGUAGCUGACUUUUUGCUGAUGGAUUGUCUACAUUUAGAUGCGUGUGGGGGUUGUGGUUUUUUUUUUUUUUUUUUGGCCUCUGACAAAUACUUCAUUUGCAUGGCUAUUUUAAAAUAAUCCCCACCAUCCCCAUGUUACCAAAGGGGAAGGUGAGGUGCAGAAAGUUGGUAGCUUCCCAUGCACAGUUACAUUUGGCUUGUCAGAUAGUAACUAAGAGUAGGUACCUGGCUGUGGAGGUUGUACUCUUUUACUGUUUGAG